UCUUGCUUUCAUUCCACAGUGGUUUUCGGUCUCUCAGUUGGAACAGUUGUUCUUUCGCAGAUCACAGAGUAGAACGCGCGCCGCGUGUAUUCUAUGGUUUAAACGUGCUUGUUGAAUUUAUGUCCUACUACGGAAGAUAAAAAAGAUAAAGAUGGCAUGCAAUUGUCCUGGAACCCAACCGGGACCAACCUUAGCUUCAACAUGCGGAGGUGUUCAAUUUAUGCUCUUCAUGGGGCUACUUGAAGUGUUUUUGAGAUCCCAAUGUGAUCUAGAAGACCCCUGUGGUAGACCUCACACUACGCCCCUGCUUCCAGAGUAUGACUUCAUAGUUGUUGGAGGAGGAAGUGCUGGAGCAGUCGUAGCAAGCAGAUUAUCAGAAGUUCCCGAAUGGAAUGUCCUUCUAGUAGAAGCUGGGCACGAUGAACCUACUGGAACUCAGGUGCCGUCGAUGUUUUUGAAUUUUAUUGGUUCUUCAAUCGAUUGGGGCUACCAGACAGAACCAGAACCAGAGGCUUGUUUGGCUGAAAAGGACAAAAGGUGCUAUUGGCCCAGAGGAAAGGUCUUAGGUGGUACAUCCGUCAUGAACGGGAUGAUGUACAUCCGCGGUGCGAAAAAAGACUUUGAUGACUGGUCUGCAGCAGGUAAUCAAGGUUGGAGUUUCGAAGAGGUCCUUCCCUUCUUCAUGAAGAGUGAAGAUAAUAAGCAGAUGGAUAAGAUGGAUCGCGGUUAUCAUGCUACAGGAGGACUACUUACAGUUUCCCAAUUUCCAUAUCACCCACCGCUUUCUUCUGCUAUUCUUGGUGCAGCACAGGAAUUAGGCUAUCCGAUCAGAGACCUGAACGGUGAGUACCACACUGGAUUCAACAUAGCCCAGACCACCAACAAGAACGGCUCGAGGCUCAGUACUGCCAGAGCCUUCCUGAGGCCUUUCAAACACCGCAGAAACCUCAACGUCCUCAUGAACUCCACUGUAACAAGGAUCUUGAUAAAUACUACCACCAAACAGGCUUACGGAAUCGAGGUCAUCAACAACGGCAUCAAGCAGGUUAUCUACGCCAGCAAAGAGGUCAUAGUAUCGGGAGGUGCUGUAAACUCUCCUCAACUCCUACUCCUAUCAGGAAUCGGUCCAAGUGAAGAUCUACGCAAAGUGGGACUGCCAGUGGUCCAAGACUUACCUGGAGUAGGUCGUAACCUCCACAACCACGUAGCCUACUUCGUAAAUUUCAAUAUCAACGAUACCAACAGCGCUCCUUUGAACUGGGCUACCGCAAUGGAGUACCUCCUCUUCAGGGAUGGUCUUAUGAGUGGUACAGGUAUCUCAGAGGUAACAGGAUUCAUAAACACUAAAUACAACGAUCCAAGUAAAGAUCACCCUGAUGUUCAAUACUUCUUCGGUGGUUUCCUGGCCAAUUGCGCCAAGACUGGCCAAGUUGGAGAGAAGUUGGAUAAUAAUACAAGAUCCAUACAAAUAAUUCCUGCAGUUUUACAUCCGAAGAGUAGAGGAUAUCUAACAUUGAAAGAUAGCAACCCUCUUAGUCACCCUAUGAUCUUCGCUAACUAUUACACGAACCCAGAAGAUGUAAGGGUUAUGGUGGAGGGUAUAAAAUUUGCUAUAAAACUGUCAGAGACUAAAGCUCUGAAAAGAUAUGGCUUCCAGCUGGAUAGAACACACACUCCAGGUUGCGAGAAAUUCAAAUUUGGUACUGAUGAUUACUGGGCAUGCUCAGCUAAGCAGAUGACUGGGCCUGAAAAUCACCAAGCCGGAAGCUGCAAAAUGGGUCCACACUCUGAUCCAAUGGCGGUGGUCAACCCUUUCCUUCAAGUUUAUGGCAUCGACAGACUUCGAGUUAUAGAUGCUAGCGUCAUGCCUAAGGUCACCUCAGGGAACACAAAUGCUCCCACCAUUAUGAUAGCGGAGAAGGGUUCUGAGAUGAUCAAAUCAAGAUGGUUAACUCCUGAAGCCGGUUUUUUCUACACCAACUUCCCCCAGCAAAGAAUAGAUAGAAGAUGGGACUGGAGAUACUGAACAUUCGGUUGUUUUUAGGAAUAAAUGAAACAUUCAACAUAAUGGCAGGGUUUUUAAUGAUAUUUAUUCAUAAUAUUUAUGAUGAGAGGAGAAAACUGCAAAUUAUUUCUUGAAAAUUCUGCAACAGUUUCAGAUUUUUUUCAAUCUACAACUACUUGACUUGAAUUUCGAAAAUAUUGAUUAUAGAUUUGUCGCACAUAUCUACAAUAUUAACCUGCAGACUUUUCCAAUGAAUAUUGACUCAAACUCAACGGUUUAUCGUUUCAAGACGUCUAUUGCCAUCUAUCGAAUAGUAACUUGUUCAAUUAAAUCUCCUAUAAUUUCAACUGAGGUAGAAAACCGUAUGUACAGAGAACUUUUUGCCAUAAAAUCAAAAUUCAAUCUUGUAUAUUAUUCAUACAAUUGAAAUGUAUAUAUCUUAAUUUCAUAGGUAAAGGAAAUUAUGUAAAUUGUAUAAUUCAGGUUUUAUAUCUAACAUAAGUAGUCUAAUCGAUUUCAAAUUCUCUUUAUUGUAUCUGAACGUGUUGGAAUACAAUAAAGUCUAUUUUUAAAUAAGUGUA